AUGGCUAAGCCUGCGUAUGGAAAGGAGGGCUAUGAGGACGCCCUUCAGGCCCACAGGAUUCGGAUCACGCUGACGUCGAGGAACGUUAAGAGCCUUGAGAAGGUUUGCGCCGAUCUGAUCAAAAACGCCAAGGAGAAGGACCUGAAGGUGAAGGGCCCCGUCAGGAUGCCCACAAAGACCUUGAGAAUCACGACCAGGAAGUCGCCAUGCGGAGAGGGAACCAACACCUGGGAUAGAUUCGAGAUGAGGAUCCACAAGCGGUUGAUUGAUUUGCAUUCACCAGUGGACGUGGUGAAGCAGAUCACUUCGAUAGGGAUUGAGCCUGGUGUUGAAGUGGAGGUGACGAUCGCAGACGUCUGA